AUGAGCCGCGAAUGGGAACCCCCGCUUCCCGCGGGCUACAACGAUGCCAAUCGCGCAUUUAUCCAGGCCUUCAUGGCGCGGGGCACAUUGACCUUCCCAGAAGCGCAAAAAGUCCUCGCCGGCAUCAAGACAGCCCUCGAAAACCGCGAUCCCAACGACCCCGUUUCCCCCGACACAAUCACAAUGACCGACUUCGAAAACUUCAUCCAUUCCGCGCGCGACGCCAUCGAACCGCUCGACUACGAUAUUCGAAACAUGCGCGACCAAACCGAUCGCCGAGGCCAGCGCAUCUGGGCCUUCACCAACGCCCACAGCGACCCGGCCACCCAGCUGGGGACAACGCGCACCCCGGAAGAGGUUGCCUACAUCAAGCGCCUGCUCGACGCAAUGUUUGAGGAAUACAAUACCCCCCGUAUGGAAGUCAUGGCGGUAGAUGAGGGCCAGGCAUUGCGGGUUUCACGUCCGGCGGGGCGGCGGCAGAGUAAUAUCAAUGGAGAUGAGGCCGCGGAAAAUAGUGGUAGUGAAAACGGCGCACCGACUUCCACGGCAGCUUCUCGAGGGCUCAAACACUCCGAAGUGCUCUCCCUCCUGUCCAGCCUUGUCGCGGAGGGCUGGUUGAACAAGUCGGAGGCAGGCUUCUACCGUUUGACAGAAAGAGCGCUGAUCGAGCUCUGGUCCUGGCUGAUGGCCACCUACAACGACAACGAGACCGAAGCAGAUAACGGGGAUGGCCCGGAGUGGCAGUGCAUCAAGUUCUGUGAAGCAUGUAAAGAGAUCGUCACGGACGGCCAGCGGUGCGACGAACCCGAUUGUCUGGUGCGACUGCACGACUUUUGCGAGGACGCAUUUUGGCGCAUGCAGGGGAGCCGGGCAGAUGGGGAACGAAAGUGUCCCAAGUGUGGGACGGGCUGGACAGGGAAUCACUUUAUAGGGGAGCGGGCAGUCACCUCGCGGGUUGGGUAUCAGAGAUCGCGCGCUGGGAGGAGGGGUGGGAGGCGAAGCCAGGCCGUCGCCGAGCCCAACGAGACUGACGAGGAGGAAGAUUAA